UUGUCAAGGCCGCUGGUCAGGCAGGAAGCUGUGAGUGUGGUUAGCUGAGAGGAACUACAGAGGGGAAGCUGUUAUGCCUUUUUUUUAACUGCAUUCAUACUGCGUAGUCCCCCAGACUGAACUGGAACUGGCCACUGAAGGACAAAAGAAAGAGUUAAGGAAGUUUUUAGAUAGGAAAAGUAAAGCCGGAGACUAGAGAAAAACAUUGAUGACAGAAGAAAACAUACACCAUUCCUUCCACAAGUGUCAGAAGAGAGGCAGUGUAGUUGAGGCCUGAGACUGGUCAUGCUGUCAGUGUGAGCUCUGGGGAUAUUGUACUGUAUGGGCCCAACGAUGGCAGUUUUGGCAGGUGCGAAGCCUGGGACUGGACAAAGGGCAGGUGAAGGGAGGCUGUCCUGGCCAGUUUUCCUGCUUACGCUAGCUGCUGUCACCUCCUCCUCUCUUUCAGCUUUGUCCCUGUACCAACUGAUGGCUCUCAGAGCUGAGGUAGAGGGACUCAAAUCAGAGGUCUGUCGCAGGAGAGAAGAGGGACAAGAUGCCAAGCAGGCAAGCCAGACUGAGAAUAUUGGUAGCAGGAGAAACAUCCAAGAGCCCUUGCACCAGCCUGAGUCUCAACAUGCUCUACCCUUGAUAAGGAAGAGAAGACAGGUCUCCGUAACAGAGGCAUUGGUUUCUCAGCCUUGCCUGCAGUUGUUGGCAAACACUACCAGGAAACUCUUCAGGAAAGACAUUUCCUCGAUGCCGCACAUAGGUAUCCCUUGGCAGGCUGGGCUGAGGAGAGGCUCUGCCCUGGAGUUAUUUAGAGACAGGAUAUUAGUCAAUGAGGAGGGCUUCUACUUUGUCUACAGUCAGGUCUACUACAUGGACAGCACCUUUGCAAUGGGUCACGUUGUGAUCCGGUGGAAGAAGAAUGUGGUGGGAGAUGAGCCUCAGUACGUGUUCCUGUUCCGCUGCAUCCAGAACAUGAACACUGACCACCCUUACAACACCUGCUACACAGGAGGUAUUGUGAAGCUGGAAUUGGGGGACCACUUGGAGUUGCUGAUCCCUCGUUCCACAGCCAACGUGUCUCUAGAUGGAGACUCCACCUUCCUGGGCGCUUUCAAACUGGCUUAAAGUGUGUCACCCUUACUUUGGACCCUGAGGGACGUUGUUGUCUAACAAACUGUGUAACAAGGCACAGUUCUGGUGACCUCACCUGACCUUGGGUGUUGUGAGAAGAAUACAGCAAGCAGCCAUUGUUGGGCUGGCUGAAUGAUUGACUGUGUGACUCCUAGCUUGUUCAGCCUGAGGGACAUAAAGGGGACUAUGAGUAGAUACCAAAGUCUUCUUUACUCUUAAAAAUAAAUGCAUCUUAUAGCUACAGCCAUAUUACGUUCAUUUCUACCAUUCAUCAAGACAAGAUGUUAGAAUAGAGAAACUGUCAUAAUCAAGUAGUUUUUCUUUCUUUAAAUAAUCACAAAUACAUAUGUGAAACUCUUCUGAAACUUUGUCCAACUUGUAAGAAGUGUGUUUCUUGUGUGAAAUAAUUCUCAUACUGUUAAAUCAUACAAUAAUCUUUGCUCCUGUAGCAGCAGAAUUACUGUGCCACUGAGUUAUUCUCAUAUGCUUUCAUUAUUUUACAUAUUUGAACAUAAACAUUUGUAUGCCAUAAUUUCCUUCACAUUUACCUAUAUAUGUCUGUCUGACAGAAAAUUCAGAUGCAAUAAAGUGACACACAAGAAACUUGCACAAGAAAUGAC